AUGGCUACCCUCCCAACACAUUAUGGUACAACACCAUUAACUGGUCACACCCAGGUAAACUUUGUGUCCACUCUGCUGCGUGUCACCAUGUCAGAUCAGCUGGACUUGCCUGUCAGGCAAGCAGGUUGAUCUACCUUAAAGAACAUGAUAACGCAGCACUGGAGUGAUGGCGACGGUUCACAGAAGACACCGGUCAAAAACAUCCCUGAAGAGGACAGGCAGUUCAUUCGAGACAACAUAGUGGAGGCCAUCAUACACUCUCCCGAGCGCAUCAGGGUCCAGUUGACAACAUGUAUCCACCACAUGAUCAAGCAUGACUACCCCGGCAAGUGGACUACCAUCGUGGAUAAGAUCGGCUUCUACCUGCAGUCAGACAACAGUGCAGGAUGGCUGGGCAUCUUGCUCUGCCUUUACCAGCUUGUCAAAAACUACGAAUACAAGAAACCAGAAGAACGUCAACCUCUGGUGGCUGCCAUGCACAUCUUCAUGCCCAUGAUGAAGGAACGCUUUAUCCAGCUGAUCCCUGACCCCUCCAGCGACUCUGUCCUCAUACAGAAACAGAUCUUUAAAAUCCUCUACGCCCUCUUCCAGUACAACCUCCCCCUGGAACUCAUCAACCGACAGAACCUGACGGAGUGGAUGGAGAUCCUGAAGACAGUAGUUGAUAGAGAUGUGCCACCGGAGACGAUGCAGAUAGAGGAGUAUGAGCGGCCUGAGCUGCCAUGGUGGAAGUGUAAGAAGUGGGCCCUUCACAUCUUGGCUCGGCUGUUUGAGAGGUAUGGAAGCCCAGGCAACACAACCAAAGAGUAUGCAGAGUUUGCUGAACUUUUCCUCAAGGAAUAUGCAGUUCCUGCUCAGCAGGUGCUGCUGAAAGUCUUAUACCAGUACAAGGAAAAGCAAUACGUGGCUCCCAGAGUACUCCAACAGACGCUCAACUACAUCAACCAGGGCAUAGCACACGCAGUGACGUGGAGAAACCUAAAACCACACAUCCAGGGCAUCAUUCAGGACGUGGUCUUCCCCCUCAUGUGUUACACAGACAGUGAUGAGGAACUGUGGCAGGAAGAUCCAUAUGAGUACAUCCGCAUGAAGUUUGAUGUGUUUGAGGACUUUAUCUCUCCAACAACAGCAGCCCAGACACUUCUGUUCACUGCUUGCAACAAAGGAAAGAGGUUAGUGCUGCAAAAGACGAUGGGCUUCUGCUACCAGAUUCUAACUGAUCCCGCCACUGACCCGAGGAAAAAGGACGGUGCCCUACACAUGAUCGGCUCUUUGGCUGAAGUCCUGCUGAAGAAAAAGAUUUAUAAGGACCAGAUGGAGUUCAUGCUGCAGAAUCACGUCUUCCCCCUGUUCCGCAGUGAGCUGGGCUACAUGAGAGCAAGAGCCUGCUGGGUGCUGCAUUACUUCUGCGAGGUGAAGUUCAAAAGUGACCAGAACCUGCAGACGGCUCUUGAGCUGACUCGCCUUUGUCUCAUCAAUGACAACGAGAUGCCAGUCAAGGUGGAGGCUGCUAUUGCCCUGCAGGUUCUCAUCAGCAACCAGGAGAAAGCCAAAGAAUACAUCUCCCCCUUCAUUCGGCCAGUGAUGCAGGCGCUCCUGCACAUCGUCAGGGAGACGGAGAAUGACGACCUCACAAAUGUAAUUCAGAAGAUGAUCUGUGAAUACAGCGAGGAGGUGACUCCAAUUGCAGUGGAGAUGACGCAGCACUUGGCUAUGACGUUCAACCAGGUGAUUCAGACGGGCCCUGAUGAGGAGGGAGGAGAUGACAAGGCAGUGACGGCCAUGGGCAUCCUCAACACCAUUGACACAUUGCUAAGUGUGGUGGAGGACCACAAAGAGAUCACCCAGCAGCUGGAAGGCAUCUGUCUGCAGGUGAUCGGCACUGUGCUGCAGCAACAUGUACUGGAGUUUUACGAAGAGAUCCUUUCCCUGGCUCACAGCCUGACCUGCCAGCAGGUGUCAGCACAGAUGUGGCAGCUCCUUCCACUGGUGUAUGAAGUCUUCCAGCAAGAUGGAUUUGACUACUUCACAGAUAUGAUGCCACUUCUUCACAACUAUGUCACAGUGGACACAGACACACUCCUAUCUGACACCAAAUACCUGGAGAUCAUCUAUGCAAUGUGCAAGAAGGUCCUGACAGGCGAUCCCGGCGAGGACCCAGAGUGCCAUGCAGCCAAGCUGCUGGAGGUGAUCAUUCUGCAGUGCAAAGGUCGUGGCAUUGACCAGGUUGUUCCGUUGUUUGUGGCUUCUGCAUUGGAGCGUUUGACGCGGGAGGUGAAGACCAGCGAGCUGAGGACCAAUGUGUCUGCAGGUGGCCAUCGCUGACUUUACUACAGCCCCCCGCUUCUGCUCAACACUCUGGAGAACCUGCGCUUUCCUAACAACACUGAGCCCAUCACAAACCACUUUAUCACACAAUGGCUCAAAGAUGUCGACUGCUUCCUUGGCCUUCACGACAGGAAGAUGUGUAUUCUUGGAAUCUGUGCUCUCAUUGACCUCGAGCACAGGCCUCAGGUUGUGAACCGCGCCGUCCAGCUGAUUCCAGCAGCCAUUCUUCUGUUCAACGGCCUCAAGAGGGCGUACGCCUGUCGAGCAGAGCAUGAGAAUGACGAGGAUGAUGAUGAUGAAGAUGGGAAGAAGAUGAAUGAUAACGCUGAGUUGGGCAGUGACGAGGAUGACAUUGAUGAGGAAGGCGCAGAGUACCUGGAGAUGCUGGCGAAGCAGGCGGGAGAGGACGGAGACGAUGAUGACUGGGAUGAGGACGAUGCGGAGGAGACGGCACUUGAGGGCUACACUACAUCUGUAGAUGAUGAAGACAAUUUAGUGGACGAGAAUCAGAUCUUCAAAGCCAUACUACAAAAUAUCCAGAGCCGUGACCCAACAUGGUACCAGGCACUAACACAGGGCCUCGACGAAGAUCAGGGCAAACACCUUCAGGACAUUGGCACACUUGCAGACCAGAGACGGGCAGCACAUGAAUCCAAGAUGAUCGACAAACACGGCGGAUACAAGUUCACAGCGCCAGUGGUGCCAUCUACUUCAACUUUGGAGGCACUGCCUCCAGGAAUGAAUUGA